AUGGAUAGCAGCAAGUUGAAACAAGAUGAAAUAGCUAUAGUUAUGGUUCCAUUUCCAGGUCAAGGACAUCUCAAUCAACUUCUCCAACUUGCUUGUUUAAUCUCCUCAUCAUAUAAUCUUCCAGUAUACUAUGUUGGCUCAGCGACACAUAAUCGUCAAGCUAGGGUUUGCGCCAACGCCUUAAAUCCUUUAGACAUAGACAAAAUCCAAUUUCAUGACAUCCCAACUCCUGAAGUUGCCUCACCUCCACCUGAUUAUAAUUCCUUAAACAAAUUCCCCGCGUAUCUUGAGCCAUCGUGGGCUGCUUGUAUGCUUAUGCGCGAGCCUUUUGCUUCAUUCUUUCGCGAUAUUUUAUCUAAAGCAAGACGAGUUGUUGUUGUACAUGAUUCUUUAAUGUCUUAUAAUGUUCAGGAUGUUUCAACCUUGUCCAAUGCAGAAUCUUAUAUAUUUAAUUGCAUUUCAGUUUUCACUUUGUACUAUUUGAUAUGCUUAUCUUAUGAACGCAGAGCUUCUCAGAGUCCGUAUAUGGAUAUUAGAUCAGGUGAUAUUCAUAAUACGAGCAAAGUAAUCGAAGGCAGGUUUCUUGAUUUGUUGGUAGAAGUAACAAGUACACAGAACAAGAAACAAUGGGCAAUUGGACAGGUUCUGGCUACUAAACUUGUUCAUGUCUCGAAUACGAACAAUAUAUGUUUGGAGUGGCUUAACAAGCAACCUCCAAGAUCAGUUCUUUAUAUAUCAUUUGGAACAACAACUUCAUUUUAUGAUAGGGAAAUCAAGGAGCUCGCAAAGGGAUUAGAGCAGAGCAAACCGAGGUUUAUAUGGGUGUUGAGAGAUGCCGAUAGAGGAGAUAUCUUUACUGGGGAGGCUAGAAACGUUGAGUUGCCACAAGGGUUUGAGGAAAGGGCAAAAGAAGUAGGAUUAGUUGUAAGAGAAUGGGCACCAUAA